AUGGCCGCUACCACCACUAACACACCAGGCUGGGCCUUUGGAAACGCAGUCCUUGUGGCAAUUGAUAUCGAGAUCCAUUGUCGAAAACAUUACCCGAAGGUUGGAUCUCCACAAGAUCGUGUCUCCGAGAUUGGAGUUGCCUCUUUCGACCCCCGUCGCGUUCGCUUCGCAGAUGCCGGCGACCGGGCCAAAAAUACCUGGGGCUCGAUCAAAGCCUGCAAUUUUGCUGUCACUGAGAACACGCACAUUCCCGGUGUAGGAUCGCAUGCCCGGCACUGCCAAGAUCGGCAGUGGCUACUCGGCGCCAAUGCCGGCGUCAAAGCGACGGACUUCGACUUUGGCAGCCUGUACAACGUGUCCCGAUUCCAUGUCAAGAAGGCCUUUGUGAACAAGAUCCGCACCCUACUGGGCGACCAUCCCCCGUACAACAAAGACACACCCUACCACAACAAUCGCGAGGUUCUUUUCCUCUUCUUCGAUCAAAACAAUGAUCUCCGAUGGCUCCAGGGCCUGGACAUCGACCUCUCGACCGAGUUUCCCAACUCGCGGAUCGUCGAUAUCCAACGUGGACCUCUUGCCGCAGCGAUUGGGGAGCGCAUGCAUGGCAAGGCCAAGAUAAGUGCCGAAGAUAUGUACAAGUAUCUGCGUUUCGAAACGGUGCACAUGCACAAUGGUGGAAACGACGCGGUCUGGGAAUUGCGAGCAUCCCUUGCCGAACUCACGCUGACAGAUCCGCAGACUCACGAGACGCGCAUUCCCGACGAGGCAACGACGCUGAACAAGGAUGGCAUCGUCGUCAAGGAGGAACCUACGUACAUUGCCGCUCCGGAGGUGAUGGUUGACGGAGAGGCAUGGGAGUUGUAA